GAUCCUCGGGAAUAUCUCCCAUUCUUGCGCAAGCUGCAGAAACUCCCCGAGCUCCGCCGGUGCUUUGAGAUUGACAACUACCUUGGUCGCUGGGCCAAGGCACUUAAAUAUCUUCAUGCGCUGAAUGAAUUCGACGAGCUCCGGGCGUACGCAAUCAAGCAUGUCUUGUAUAAAGAAGCCAUCGAGGCUUACAAAUACCAACCCGAGCAGCUACGAGACAUGACCAACAUUUAUGCUGACUACCUCUAUGAUAAUUCCAAGCACAAGGAGGCCGGCAUUGGUGUGUUUCCCCUAUCAAAUUUUAGCUACCAAAUGCUAAUGAGAACUAGCAUAUGAAUCUCUUUCACUGUUCAAGGAUGCGUACAAAUGUUAUCAGCUCGCCCAUCUUUGGCGCGAGUCCUUGUACUGUGCUAUGAUGGUCCCUCUUUCGGAAACCGAGCUUAAUGAGCACGCCAACGCUUUGGCCAUGGUGCUCACAGAGGAAAGCCGCGACUAUGUAUCUGCUGCUCACAUUCAUGCAGAGCAUCUGCACGACAUCCCAGAGGCCGCCCGGCUCCUCUGCCGUGGCUCUCGCUUCGCCGAUGCUGCACGACUCCUUGCACUGAACGGAAAACAGGACCUAGUCUCUGACAUCGUUGAUACGGGUCUCGCAGAUGCAAUGGGCUCGACAACAAACCUCCUUGCUGAUUUCCGAUCCCAACUGAAUGCGCAAGUACCCCGAAUUCGGGAGCUUCGUGAACGCCGCGCUGAAGACCCGCUGGCUUACUUUGGUGGAGAUCCCACAAUUGGCGAAGGCGUGGAUAUCCCCGACAAUGUAUCACUGGCGCCCACAGAAGCCUCAACACUUGCCGGUAAGAGUAUGUUCACAAGAUACACAAACAAGACCACAUCCUCGCGUCAGACAUCGCGGACACGCCGUCGUGAAGAGCGUAAGCGUGCGCGUGGCAAGAAGGGUACUGUGUAUGAAGAAGAGUACCUUGUGAACAGUUUCCGGCGAUUGAUUGAACGAGUCAACUCAACGGUGUCCGAAGUUGAGUCUCUUGUCGAUGCACUCUUGCGGCGGGGCAUGCGAGAACGCGCCGCUGCUAUCGAGAAGGCACUGCAGGAUAUUCUCAAGUUGUGCGUCGAGUACCGCGAGGAAGUAUUCGAUGUUUCUGCAGAUGAAGCUGCGAAACAGCGCGAGGACCAAGAUGGUGAAAAUGCAACCGGAGAUGCCGCAGAGGACAAUUAUAAACCCACUGGAGGACAAGGUGUGUUUUGGGAAAGUGUUGCUUUGACAGGAAAACCACGCGAAGCACCACCGGUUAAGGAUAUGAAGAAGUCAGACCUGCUGGCCUGAGCUGAUCCGUUUAUGCUUAGAUAGUUUUCCACUUCACUCAUGAGAAGGAAACAAAAAUUCUACUGAUUGACGUUAUGACAGUUGCGAGUCCAACUAUUCAAAAUGUAACCAUUUAUACUUACCCUCACGUCAGCUUACCAUAAGCCAUCUCAUCAACCAUUCUGCCGUUCAAUCCAUCCCCA